GACGAGUGGGUUCUGUACAGAUCGAUGUGGAUCAGUCUUCGCCGAAGGAACGUCCAGGCUGACUCCAGGAAGGGCCCAAAAUGGCCAAACGCUCCUCUUUGUCCAAAGGCUUGGCUGUAGCCUUUGUGGCCUUGACUCUCUCUGCCAUCGCCGGCAUGGUCACCAUGGUGACCAUGUUUAAAAUUCAGAUGAACGGCAUCAACGCCACAGCUUUUCCGGAUGUAACGACCCCCUCCCCGACUCCGCCACCCAUCAUGAGGCUACCGAAGACCCUGGAACCCGAACUCUACGAUAUCACCCUUCAGACUUACUUCUACAGCAGGAUCAUCGAGGAGGUCAACGUCACCAGUCCCAACCAAAGCACGCUCUUCACCGGGAACGUCACCAUCCACUUCCACACUGUCCAGAAGACGGACCUCAUCUAUCUGCACUGCAGGGACCUGGCUGUAACCCGCCCCCGCCUCUUGAACAAAGACUACAAUAUCGGCAUAAAGGUUAAAUCCAUGACACAGUACCACAACCAGAGUGAGUUUCUGGCGAUCCAGUUGGAGGAAUAUCUCCAGGCAAAGAUGAACUUCAGCCUGUUUCUGUCCUUUGAGGGAAACAUGUCCACAUAUUUGGAAUCUCUCUAUGUCAGCACGUAUACUGAAGUCUACCCCUAUAGGGACUAUGAGGAGAACUCCGACAUGCAGAGGUACGCUGCUGCCACACACCUGAAGCCCACACAAGCCAGGACGCUGUUCCCCUGCUUCGAUGAGCCGGAGCUGAAGGCCGUCUUCAAGCUCACGCUCAUCCACAGAGCUGGGACCAACGCUCUGGGGAAUGCAGAUAAAGAGGAUUCCGAGUUGAUGGGUGAAUGGAAAACUACCCGCUUUGCACCAACACCGAAAAUGUCCACCUACCUGUUUGCCUUCACGGUGUCCGAGUUGAAAUCCACAACGUCACCAAAAGGCCGCGUGACAAUCAAAACGUACGCGCGCCCUGAGGCCACGGUGGCGGGGCAUGCUCUCUACGCCGCCAACAUCAGCGUGAAGAUCCUGGAGUUCUACGAAAACCGCUUCGAAAUUAAUUAUUACCCAAUCAAACUUGAUCAAGUAGCCCUGCCGGACCUCGUUUCGACUACCAUGGAGAACUGGGGGCUCAUCACGUACCAGGAGGAGUCUGUGCUGUAUCAGAAGGACGUGUCCUCACUGUUGCACAAGGAGGAGGUGGCCACCGUCAUCGCACAUGGGCUGGCUCACCAUUGGUUUGGGAAUCUGGUGACCAUGGGCUGGUGGAAUGAUGUUUGGCUGAACGAAGGCCUUGCCACAUACAUGUCCUACUUUGCAGUGGAACACGUGGAGCCUAGCUUUAAAAUAAAAGACAUUGCAGUCAUGAAGGACCUCCAAGAGGCGUUAAGGCAGGACGCUCUGAGCACGUCCCGGCCCCUCACCGUUCUACCAGGAGAUAUUCAGACGCCGUCUGAAAUCAAGGAAAUGUUUGACACCAUCACCCACAGCAAGGGCGCCAUGCUGCUGAGGAUGCUGGCAGAUUUUGUGGGAGAAAGCGCCUUCAACAUUGGGGUCAAAACGUACCUCAAAGCCUUCAGAGGAGCGACGGCAGAGACGAAGGACCUGUGGCAGCACAUUGAAGCCGCUCGAGCUGUCAAGAACAGUUUCACUGUGCCCAAAGUGAUGAAGCCCUGGACCGAACAACAAGGUUACCCCGUCAUCAGCAUCAACACCACCAGUGGAGAAAUCGUCCAGAAACAGUUCCUGUUCAACGGCUCCUCCACAUCCGGCUAUUGGUGGGACAUCCCCAUCCGGUUUGUGAGGGGUGACUCUGAAGCUUCUUUCGUCUGGCUGGGGGUCCCAGGACCAGUGAAAAAGGAGGAAUUCAUUUCUACGAAGACCUGGGUUCUGGCCAACGCGGACUGCCAGGGAUUCUACAGAGUCAACUACAACCUGGAGAACUGGCAACAUCUCCUGGAGCAGCUGGAAAGCAGUCCAGAUAGGAUUCCACUGAUGAACCGAGGGCAGCUCAUUGAUGACGCCUUCAACCUGGCGAGGGCCAAUCUGCUGAAUGUGAACGUGGCCCUGAAUUUCACCUUGUUCCUCCGGAAUGAGAGGGAGUUCAUCCCCUGGGAUUCAGCAGUCAGGAAUCUGGAGUACUUCUUCCUGAUGUUCGACCGCUCUCAGGUGUAUGGACUCAUGCAGGAGUACCUCCGCUCACAGGUCAGCGACCUGUAUGAUUUCUUCGCCAAUGAAACCAACGCUUCAGUCGUGCCGAAGACUCACUCCUUACAGCACAGCCAGAUCCUCGCCAUCAAGGUGGCCUGCUCCAGCGGACUCCCAGAAUGCAUGGAGAUGGUUGACACCAAGUUUGGAGAUUGGAUUUUCAAUGACACCAACAAUAUUCACGUCAACCUCCGCUCCACCAUCUACUGCCAGGCUCUGGCUGUGGGGGGGCAGAUUGAAUGGAACUUCGCCUGGGAUAAGUUUCUGAGCUCCAGCGACAGCUCUGAGAAGGAUCAGCUCAGACACGCCCUGUCCUGCACCAGGCAGACCUGGCUGCUCAACAGGUUACUGGAGUACAGUCUGGACCCCGACAAGAUCCGCCUGACGGAUGUUGCCUCCGUCGUCAAUGACGUAGCUGAAAACCCAGCAGGACAGGCGCUGGCCUGGAACUUCAUCAGAGCUCACUGGGACUACGUCAGCCAAGGGGACCCGGUGUGGCUGAUCGAGGCCGUGACCAGAAGGUUCUCCACAAAGUUUGAAGUGGAAGAGCUGCAGCGCUUCGCUGAGCAGUACGAUCUGGGUCCCACCGUCAGAGCCGUUCACAAAGCCAUUGAGAGAACCCAGCUCAACAUGCACUGGGUCAACAAGAACAAAGACAGCGUCCUGGAGUGGUUUAAAUCCAUAACCGCCCUCUUAGAUUAAAUGUAACUUCAGAUAAUCAAAGACUUUCAUCACUGCAGCUUCCGUCUCUCGUUUUGGGCCAGUUUACAGGCAAGAAGUUUCACCAGAAAAUCAGACUUCAGCACUAUACAAAUAAACUUAAAAACAGUUGUAUUUAUUAUAAUUACUCAAAGGUAACUCACAACUACAGUCAGCACACAUGUUGUGCACUUUCUGCCGAUGAAGCCAGGCCAGUGAACAGCUGCUCUUCUCAGAAAUCAUGAAUUGAACUGUUGGCUGCAACUUUUCAAAUUGAUCUCAAAUGUUUUUGUGGACUCGACAUGGUCUCAAAUCUCGUUUAUCUGCUGCAGAUGAUACACAGAUAAAAAAAAAUGCACUGUUGCUGUUGUUUGUGAUGCUAAACUUGUUAUU